AUGACAAUAAUAAUGGUUGGUCUACCUCCCGUGGAGAGCAGAGAACAGAUCUUGAGAACUCUUCUGGCAAAAGAGAAAGUGGAAGAUCUAGAUUUUAAGGAGCUUGCAAACAUGACCGAGGGAUAUAGUGGAAGUGAUCUUAAGAAUUUAUGCAUAACAGCAGCUUAUCGACCUGUCAGAGAGCUAAUACAGCAAGAGAGACAAAAAGAUAUGAAGCAGAAAACCGAAGAAGGUCAGAGCUCUGAAGAUGCUUCAGAUAGAAAAGAAGGUAGAGAGGAAAGAGCAAUUAUUUUGAGGCCCUUAAAUAUGGAAGACAUGAGGCAGGCAAAGAAUCAGGUUGCUGCCAGUUUUGCUGCUGAAGGAUCUGUGAUGAGCGAGCUGAAGCAGUGGAAUGAUUUGUACGGAGAAGGAGGUUCAAGAAAGAAGCAGCAAUUGACUUACUUCCUUUAAGUUCAGAGUGUAGGCAUUUGCACACUUAUCAGCACCAUUCUUCAUAUGGAAGACCAAGAAGGCUUUAAACUUGAUUAUUCCACGACAGAAGAGAAAGGAAAACAAUAUUUAGAUGCUCCGAAAGGCAUACCUCAAAUCAAAAGAAACCUGAGAACACCUGAAAAGCUUGGAUUGGCGUGUGCCCAUCUGGAAGCAUUUGCCAUUUGCAGAUCAUCAGAGAGACAGAGACUUAGUUUCUGUCAGGCAUUUCUACAAGCCUUAUGCCACAAGUCUGCUAUGUAAAUUGUGUGUGUAGUUGUUGAAAAUUAUCAAGAGGCCUAGUAAAUGGUGGACAAACUUGUAUGGGAUUUGGUUUGCAUGGUGUAGUGCUUGGACAGGAGCUUCAUUUCUAUAGCACAUUGUACAUUGUUCUUAUUUAAACUUGAUUGUGUUGUAUAUUAUGAUUAUAUUCUUCUCUACUAUCAG